AUGGAUUUGCGAAGCAUCGCCAACAAGAACGAUCUGCGCUUGGAUAUUGCGGCCCCUUCAAGCUGGCAAUACAGCCCUGGCGACACAAUCAUUGGGAAUGUCGUACGACAAUCCCCUAUCGUGUCUCCCAAUGCCACAGUCAAGAUAUGGCUAACGGGGAUAAUGAGAGUGAGAAUCUUGCGAGAUCUCGGCACCGGAUCCAAUGAUCGCUGGGGAGAGAAAGACGCCUAUGUUGAUAAAUGGACUUUGAUUGACUCAACUGAAGAGUUUAUCUUUAAUGGACCCCUGCAUCAUCCUGAGAAUAAUGAACAUCCGGUCGCCUGGUCCUUCUCCGCAUCCAUUCCUAGCAAGCCCAAAGGACAAAUUACUCAGGGCCAUCUUCCGCAGGCAACCUUCCUGCCUUUUGACAAGGAUCACGAGGCCUUUCAUGUCUUACCCGGCUCUCUACGUACCACUUGCGAUGGCUAUUCAUCAAAAUCGGAAGCCCUAGUUGAGUAUAGACUUCAUGCUCAGCUCAAUUAUGAGCGGAGUGGCUCCAGACGAGUCGAAUAUGCGACCGCACCAAUCACACUGAGACAUGCCUCAAGGAUUCUCGACCUGAAGCCUAGCGAAAAUGGAGGUCUUUCAUCCCCUACUAAAGUGCAAAGUCAUCGUCUGAUCCCGGGUAGGGAGGCUACGGAGUUGUCAUUCCGACAGAAGACAAAGAAAUUUUUUGGCUCCUCGAAGGCCCCUGAGUUCUGGUUUGAAGUUCUUAUGAAAUCGCCGCCAGUCGUCCAAUUCGACAAUCCGACACCGUUGCCAGUUGUAUUGAGUAUCGCAACUCUCAGGGGGGAAGGCCGAACGAGCAGCGCCAUUGAAGAAAUCGCCCAGCGAAUCCAGAUAAAUUAUGUUAAAAUCCGGAUCCAGAGUUGGACGACAGUUAUUGCUUCGGGCAAUCUCACCAGCCGAGCGCAUACGGACAAACAGAGCUUUGACGUGGAUUUCCACUCCGAAGAUCUGUUCAAGAAUCUUGAAAGUCCUUUGGUGGUUCAUUCAUAUGGGAAAGCAAAUGAGCCUAUCGACCUUGGCAAUAUGUUUCAGCUCGUUCUACGAAGGGAUGGUCUCUAUUCGAAUGGAAAGAGGUGCUCAUGGACUCUCACAUCCACUGUUUUCCCUGAUCUUCUUACUUUUGCUAUCAAGCACACCCACAAGAUUGAGUAUAGGAUCAACCUCACAGUUGCAGGAGAGACGCUCGAGGUAAAGGUGUUUGCACCGUUGAGGAUUAUUGAAGCUGCAUGA